AUGGCUUCAUUUCUCCCCCGUGCAGCUCCUCGAGCCUUUAGACCGACCUUUCGCAUAUUUGCGCGGCCGCAGUUCAACGUCCAGCGCCCCUCUGCGCCCCUCUUCCGCCGCUAUCUUUCUACGCCUACCGAGCAACCGCGUCUGCGACUUGGUUCAACAGCUCCCGACUUCACGGCCAAAACCACCCACGGAGACAUCAACUUCCACAACUUCAUCGGCAACAGCUGGGCCAUUCUCUUUUCACAUCCCGCGGACUUCACCCCCGUAUGCACAACUGAACUGGGCGCGUUUGCGAAGCUGAAAGAUGAAUUUGAGAAGCGAGGCGUCAAGAUGAUUGGACUAAGUGCCAAUGAUCUUGGAUCCCAUGACCAGUGGGUUGACGACAUCAACGAGGUCUGCCAAACAAACGUCCAAUUCCCCAUCAUAGCCGACGCCGAUCGCAAAGUUGCCUUCCUUUACGAUAUGAUCAACCAGGAUGAUCUGGACAACAUUGCCGAGAAGGGUAUUGCGUUCACGAUUCGAUCGGUCUUCAUAAUCGACCCGAACAAGAAGAUCAGGUUGACGAUGAUGUAUCCCGCUUCCACGGGACGAAACACUUCGGAGGUUUUGAGGGUUAUCGAUUCGCUGCAGACAGGAGACAAGAAGGGCAUCGCGACCCCAAUCAACUGGCAAGCUGGCGAGGACGUGAUCGUACCUCCAUCUGUGUCAACAGCAGAUGCGAGGAAGAAGUUCGGAGAAGUUAGGGAAGUCAAGCCCUAUCUACGGUAUACCAACAUCGGGAAAUAG